AAGGUGCUGACACUAUUUCCUAAGCUGUUGUCUGAAAGUGAGAAACGUCACUUCAGCAAGUACGGAAAGCUGCCGCAUGGAGGCUUACUCGGUCAAAAAUGCAAGGAACGGACCUAUUUUGACUCCGGCGAUUACGCUCUUUCCGCCGCUGAUCGCGUGACCGAUAACGGCGCUAUUCGAACAGGAAAAGCACAUCCUCAUCGGGACAGCAUUUCGCAUCCUUAUGCCCCUAUCCCAGCCGCUAGUAACGUUAACAAGGAUGCCACCGAAGAUCUGUAUAGGAAGAGUGCGAGUCCCGAAGAGAGUCCUCUCCUCCAGCAAACCAAUAUUGAAGAUGCAGAAUCCUCAAAUAAGGAUGGACAGGAUAAUCUUGUCUCUCAAGAAGGUUGA